UCUUUGGGCGGGCGUGUGGGAUGUGAGUGUCCUCACUCCCCUCCGCUGCUUUCUCUCUCUCGCCCUCGCGCUCCCUCCUCCCCCUGCCUCUAGCCCCCUCACGCUCCUUUGGGCUCACGCCCCCCUCCUCCCUCCAGCUGGCGGGGACCGCGCCGCCUCUCAGACCCGGCGGACCUGCUCCGGGAGCUGGGGCCCCCGCUAGGACCUGCCACAGUGCGCCGGAUGGCAGCGGCUGCAGCAUCCCCGCCGGUGGCGGCGGAGGCCACCGCGGACGCUAUUGUUCCCCGAUGUUAGACGCGCGUUCCCUCCUUUGCAUCUGAAACGAACAAUAGCCAGAGAGGAGCUGGGCUCUCCGGACUCCUCGGGAAGACGUUCCCAGGGCGAAAAAAAGAAAAAAAGAAAAAAGAAAAAGUCCCAGGCGACCCAGCGAGUUCUGCAUCCGGACCCUGGAGCGGCUGCCGGCGGCAUGGAGCUGCCGGCGUCCGGGAACCGGGGCGCUGCGGGCGGGCGCCGGAGCGUCCUGCAGCUGCUGCUGCUCGGGCUGCUGCUGCGGGGCGCCUGCGGGGCUGCGGCGCCGGGCGAGGCGGCGGCGCCCACCCUCUACCUUUGGAAGACCGGUACAUGGGGUCGGUGCAUGGGAGAUGAAUGUGGUCCAGGAGGCAUUCAGACGCGGGCUGUGUGGUGUGCUCAUGUGGAAGGAUGGACAACAUUACAUGCAAACUGUAAGCAAGCGGAGAAGCCUAAUAACCAGCAAAACUGUUUCAAAGUUUGUGACUGGCACAAAGAGUUGUAUGACUGGAGGCUGGGCCCCUGGAACCAGUGUCAGCCCGUGAUUUCCAAACGCCUGGAAAAGCCUUCAGAGUGCAUUAAAGGGGAAGAAGGAAUUCAGGUGCGAGAAAUCACAUGCAUCCAUAAAGAGGAUGACGUUCCCGCAGAGGAUAUCAUCUGUGAGUACUUUGAGCCCAAACCUCUGCUAGAACAGGCCUGCCUCAUCCCUUGCCAGCAAGAUUGCAUUGUGUCUGAGUUUUCUGCCUGGUCAGAAUGCUCCAAGACUUGUGGCAGUGGGCUCCAGCACCGGACACGACAUGUGGUGGCACCCCCCCAGUUUGGGGGCUCUGGCUGUCCGAACCUGACAGAGUUUCAGGUGUGCCAGUCUGGCCCAUGUGAAGCUGAAGAGAGCAUGUACAGCUUGCAUGUGGCUCCCUGGAGCACGUGCUCCAUGCCUCACUUGAGACAAGUAAGACAAGCCAGAAGACGUGGCAAAAACAAAGAACGAGGCAAGGACAGAGGGAAAGUGAAGGACCCAGAGGCCCGUGAACUUAUUAAGAAAAAGAGAAACAGAAACAGACAGAACCGACAAGAGAACAAAUAUUGGGACAUCCAAAUUGGAUAUCAGACCAGAGAGAUUACAUGUACUAACAAGUCAGGGAAAGCUGCCGAUCUAAGUUUUUGCCAGCAAGAGAAGCUGCCAAUGACCUUCCAGUCCUGUGUGAUCACCAAAGAGUGCCAAGUGUCUGAGUGGUCAGAAUGGAGCCCCUGCUCUAACUCCUGUCGAGACAUGGCAUCCCCUGGAGGUACCCGUGUAAGGACACGGACUAUCAAAGAGUUUCCUAUUGGGAGUGAGAAGAAGUGCCCAGAUCUCAAGGAAAGUGAGCUCUGUGCAUCUCAAGGAGAUGAUGUUACCCCCUGUGCCACAUAUGGCUGGAAAACUACAGAAUGGACAGAAUGCAGAGUAGAUCCUUUGCUCAGUCAGCAAGACAAGAGGAGAGGUAACCAGACAGCGCUUUGUGGAGGAGGCAUCCAGACUCGAGAGGUGUACUGUGUGCAGACCAAUGACAACCUCUUCUCACACUCAAGCUCCCAAAACAAUAAAGAAGCCUCAAAACCAGUGGACUUGAAAUUGUGUACUGGACCUGUGCCUAAUACCACACAGCUAUGCCACAUUCCAUGCCCUACUGAGUGUGAAGUUUCAUCCUGGUCGGCUUGGGGACCUUGUACUUUUGAAAAUUGUAAUGACCAACAAGGCAAAAAAGGUUUUAAACUGAGGAAGCGACGCAUUACCAAUGAGCCCACUGGUGGCCCUGGGGGCACGGGGAACUGCCCUCACUUACUGGAAGCCAUUCCCUGUGAAGAACCAUCCUGCUAUGAGUGGAAAGCAGUGAGGCUUGGAGACUGUGAACCAGAUAAUGGAAAAGAAUGUGGUCCAGGCACUCAAGUCCAAGAGGUCGUGUGUAUCAACAGUGAUGGAGAAGAAGUUGACAGACAGCUGUGCAGAGAUGCCAUCUUCCCCAUCCCUGUUGCCUGUGAUGCUCCUUGCCCCAAGGACUGUGUGCUCAGCAUGUGGUCUGCAUGGUCCUCCUGUUCACACACCUGCUCAGGGAAAACCACGGAGGGGAAGCAGAUCCGAGCACGGUCCAUCCUGGCUUACGCGGGUGAGGAAGGUGGUGUUCAUUGUCCAAAUAGCAGUGCUUUGCAAGAGGUUCGCAGUUGCAAUGACCAUCCCUGUACGGUGUACCACUGGCAGACUGGUCCGUGGGGCCAGUGCAUUGAGGACACCUCAGUUUCAUCCUUCAACUCAACCACAAGUUGGAAUGGGAAAGCUUCUUGUUCUGUCGGCAUGCAAACAAGGAAAGUCAUCUGUGUGCGAGUCAACGUAGGCCAAGUGGGACCCAAAAAAUGUCCUGAGAGCCUCCGGCCUGAAACAGUGAGACCCUGUCUCCUUCCUUGUAGGAAAGACUGUGUUAUGACUCCAUUUAGUGACUGGACACCGUGCCCCUCUUCGUGUAAAGAAGGGGACUCUGGGGUCAAGAAGCAGUCUCGGCACCGGGUCAUCGUUCAGCUGCCAGCCAAUGGAGGCCGCGACUGCACAGACCCCCUCUAUGAAGAGAAGGUCUGCGAGGCCCCUCCAGUGUGCCAAAGCUACAGGUGGAAGACUCACAAAUGGCGCAGGUGCCAGUUAGUCCCUUGGAGCGUGCAACAGGACAACCCUGGGGCACAAGAAGGCUGUGGGCCGGGACGACAGGCAAGAGCCAUUACUUGUCGGAAGCAAGAUGGAGGGCAGGCUGGCAUCCACGAAUGCCUCGGGUAUGCAGGCCCUGUGCCAGCCCUCACCCAAGCCUGCCAGAUCCCCUGCCAAGAUGACUGUCAGUUUACCAGCUGGUCCAAGUUUUCUUCCUGCAAUGGAGACUGUGGAGCCAUUAGGACCAGAAAGCGCACGAUUGUUGGAAAAAGUAAGAAGAAAGAAAAAUGUAAAAAUUCUCAUUUGUACCCGCUGAUUGAGACUCAGUACUGUCCUUGUGACAAAUAUAAUGCACAGCCUGUGGGGAACUGGUCAGACUGCAUUUUACCAGAGGGAAAAGCGGAAGUAUUAUUAGGGAUGAAAGUACAAGGAGACAUCAAAGAAUGUGGGCAAGGAUAUCGUUACCAAGCAAUGGCAUGCUAUGACCAAAAUGGCAGGCUCGUGGAAACGUCCAGAUGUAACAGCCACGGUUACAUUGAGGAGGCCUGCAUCAUCCCCUGUCCCUCAGACUGCAAACUCAGUGAGUGGUCCAACUGGUCUCGCUGCAGUAAGUCCUGCGGAAGUGGUGUGAAGGUUCGGUCAAAAUGGCUUCGUGAAAAGCCAUACAAUGGAGGAAGGCCGUGCCCCAAACUGGACCAUGUCAACCAGGUAUAUGAGGUGGUCCCUUGCCACAGUGACUGCAACCAGUACAUAUGGGUCACAGAACCAUGGAGUGUGUGCAAGGUGACUUUUGUGAACAUGCGAGAUAACUGUGGAGAGGGCGUACAGACCCGAAAAGUGAGGUGCAUGCAGAACACAGCAGAUGGACCUUCUGACCAUGUAGAGGAUUAUCUCUGUGACCCAGAAGAGAUGCCCCUGGGCUCUAGAGAAUGCAAGCUACCAUGCCCGGAGGAUUGUGUGAUAUCUGAAUGGGGUCCGUGGACUCGAUGCGCUUUGCCUUGUAAUCAGAACAGCUUUCGGCAAAGGUCAGCUAUUCCUAUCAGACAUCCUGCCGAUGAGGGAAGAGCCUGCCCUGAUACUGUUGAGAAGGAACCAUGCAACUUGAACAAAAACUGCUUCCACUAUGAUUAUAAUGUAACAGACUGGAGUACAUGUCAGCUCAGUGAGAAGGCGGUUUGUGGAAAUGGUAUUAAGACAAGAAUGCUGGAUUGUGUUCGAAGUGAUGGGAGGUCAGUUGACCUGAAAUAUUGUGAAGAGCUUGGUCUGGAGAAGAACUGGCAGAUGAACACCUCCUGCAUGGUAGAGUGCCCGGUGAACUGCCAGCUUUCUGAGUGGUCUCCUUGGUCAGAAUGUUCUCAAACAUGUGGCCUCACAGGAAAAAUGAUCCGGAAGCGAACAGUGACCCAGCCCUUUCAGGGUGAUGGAAGACCAUGCCCUGGCCUGAUGGAGCAGUCUAAGCCUUGUCCAGUGAAGCCGUGUUAUCAGUGGCAAUAUGGCCAAUGGUCGCCGUGUCAAGUACAGGAUGCCCAAUGUGGAGAAGGAACCAGAACAAGAAACAUUUCUUGUGUAGUGAAUGAUGGGUCAACUGACGAUUUCAGCAAAGUGGUAGAUGAAGAAUUCUGUACUGACAUUGAACCCACCGUAAACGGCAAUAAGAAAAUGGUUCUUGAGGAAAGCUGCACUCAGCCUUGCCCAGGUGACUGUUACCUGAAGGACUGGUCGUCGUGGAGUCUGUGUCAGCUCACAUGUGUGAAUGGUGAAGACUUAGGCUUUGGUGGAAUACAGGUUCGUUCCAGAGCAGUGAUUAUACAGGAACUCGAGAAUCAACAUCUUUGCCCAGAGCAAGUGUUAGAAACAAAAGCAUGUGACGAUGGACAGUGUUAUGAGUAUAAGUGGAUGGCCAGUGCUUGGAAAGGCUCUUCCCGAACAGUCUGGUGUCAAAGGUCAGAUGGUGUGAAUGUGACAGGGGGCUGCUUGGUAGUGCGCCAGCCUGAUGCCGAUAGGUCUUGUAACCCACCAUGUAGCCAACCCCACUCACAGUGUAGCGAGGCGAGGACAUGCAGUUGUGAAGAAGGAUAUACUGAAGUCAUGUCUUCUAAUGGAACACUGGAGCAGUGCACUCUUAUCCCUGUGGUGGUGAUACCCACUGUAGAGGACAAAAGAGGAGAUGUGAAAACAAGUCGGGCAGUGCAUCCAACCCAAUCCUCCAGUAACCCAGCAGGACGGGGAAGGACCUGGUUUCUACAGCCCUUUGGAGCAGAUGGGAGACUAAAGACCUGGGUUUACGGUGUAGCAGCUGGGGCAUUUGUGUUACUCAUCUUUGUUGUCUCCAUGAUUUAUCUAGCUUGCAAAAAGCCAAAGAAACCUCAAAGAAGGCAAAACAACCGGCUGAAACCUUUAACGUUAGCCUAUGAUGGAGAUGCAGACAUGUAAAAUAUUAAUUAUCCUGUCAACAACCAGUUUCAGCUUUCAGACCGUGCAGUAGAUAUUCGGAGGCCACAAAGCUUUCCAAACUGUGUGGAUUAAAAUAAAGCUUAACUUUUUAAAAGAUCAUCAUAAGGAGUGAAAAUCACAGUGCCAUUGAAGAUUUCAAGACAGUACCACUUCCAUAGAGUCCAUCAGCCCUGGGAAUUACAGAUUUAGUUGAAUAUAUGCUGCAUUAUGAGAAUUUCAUCAUCUUUUGUGAAAUUUACCAACUGACAAUUCACCUGGUUCUCUAGAAAUAUAGUGUUGGAAUUGGCCAAUCAGGAUGCCUGAUGCAAGCCUCUGUCUGUGAUAUUAAGCGAUAGUUAAUAUUUUAGCAUGACCUGUUUAAACCAAGAUCUCUACAAUACUAUAUUCAAACACAACAACAUGUAUACUCGGUUGAAUAAAACACAUUAUGUACAUGUUAAUGAUUAAUCUUAAGAAAUAAGCUCUAAACUGAGCAGAAAACUCAGUGAAAAAUUCAACAUCUUGGCGGUGGAUGGUAGCUUUUAUUGACCUGGUUUUCAGAGGCAGAGACUCUUUUGCUUAAGACUUGAUUCUUAUCUUUCCAAAUUACGAAUGCCGGACAUGUACUAGUAUCUUAGAAGAGUCCUUAAUUCAAUAUUUUAUAGUGAUUAUUGUCUGGAAAACUAAUUUGCUUGUGUUAAUAUGUUUCCUCUUUCCCUAAUUUUCAAACUGGUUGCCUGUAUCUUUUUUUGCUACACGGAAGGCACAUUUUUGCACUAUAUUAGUGCAGCAUGAUAGGCACUUAACCAGUAUUGCCAUAGAAACUGCCUCUUUUCAUACGGUAUAAAAACAUCUGUGCUCAGAAUGUCAUGGAGACACUUAAAAGUUUUUGUAUCCUGAAGAGAGUUAAGUUCGGCAAUGGGAUGGAAUAGCUAUUUAUCUGCUGUAGACACUUCAGUACUGCAGGCAUGUGAAAUCAACAAUACGGCAGUAAUUCAAGUGUGUAAGUCCAGAACUCAUUAACCCUCCAAAAUGUGGAUUCCCCUGGUUGGUUUUAUUGUACUUUGAAGGCUGUUUACGACUAGAUUUUUAUAUUUGUUAUCUUUGUUAAAAAAAGAAAAGAAAAGAAAAAAAGAAAAGAAAAAAAAAGAAGCGGAUUGUCUUUUUAAAUUGAGCAGAAGGAGAAAAUAAUGUAGUGAUUUUUGUAACAAAAAGAAAUCAGAAUUGUAUGUUGAUUUUCCUCUUCCCUGAUUUGUUUUCAUCAAUCCUAUUCAAACAUAUUUCAAGAUGUAUAGUUUAGUUUCUUUCAUCAGUAAAAUGUAAAGCAGUGUUUUUAGUGAAUUAUUUAAAACACUGAAAUUCUAAAAAGAAAAAAAAAAGUUGCCCAAGACUACAUUACAUAUCUAGACCAAGGAUGUCAGAUGUUUUCUGUAAAAAAAAGGCCAGAUAAGAACUAUUUCAGACAGGUUUGUGCUGCAGGUUCUCGAUUCUACUGUUGUAGCAGCACUGCCAUAGACAAAACACAACACAUAAAGGAAAGAGCACGACUACUUUCCAAUAAAUCUUCAAGAGUUCAAGAAAAGUCAGGGGAAAGGAUUAAUGCAGCAGUAGAGCACUUAGCUUGCAUGUGUGAGGCUCUGGGUUGGAUCCCCAGAACUGCAUUCAGUAUUUAUAUAUAUAUAUGUAGCCAGCAGGCAGCAUUUGCAGGUCAGAGUUGACUGACCAGUGGUCUAGUUUUUUCACUGCUAACUCUCCAUGAUAUCCUCUUUAGUUUUCCUUCAUUUAUCCUCACACUGUGAUCAGUAUUUAAAGAUUAAAAAGUAAUCCUUCAUUUAUCACUGUACUGAGAUUAGGGACAUAGCUCAGCAGGAAAGCUCCAGCCUUGAAUGUUUGAAGCUCUGGGUUCAAGCCCCUACCACUGCAAAUAAGAAUAAAUUGUCACCAUAUCUUAAGUAGCUAUAUAUAUUUUUUCACAGUUGUAACGCUAGGAACGACCCAGAGAAAAAAUAACUAACUUGGCUGGCUUUUGUAUGAAAAGAAAAUUCAAAGGUGCCAUUAAAAAAGAACAUUUACUUCAAUAGCGUUUGGGAGAGGGAAGGAUAUUUGGUUUUCAGGCCAUUUAAAAAAUAGUGCAACAAGCUAUUUUAAUCUUAAGCAUAGUUAUGUUGGUCUAACAGUGGUUUGAAAUGUGUAGUUUUACUUAAUACUAGGGUUUGAACUCCCCCUACUGUUCACUAGAAUAUUUUCAAAGAUUACGAAGGACAUGUUAAGAUACCAUUGUUUCAGAAAUGAACAGAUUUUUAUAAAUUUUUUUGAAUAGCAAUUAAAUGUAGUGUUGAGUUCUCAUUCAAUAUUCACUGUUUUAGGCCAUCUAAAUCAUUUUACAGUGAACAAUCAGAAUGGUAAGAAUUAAAACCAAGUAUUUAAAUAAGGAAAUUCAUAAAAAUAUUUUUCAUCUGUCAUUGAUAAAGAAGAGAAAGAUAAUAUUAAAAAGAACCUGUGAUUGUCAAUAUUUAUAACUCAGGGGUCUGCUAAGUAAUCCCCAAUUUGGUCUUUUUAAAUAAAAGAAACUCCAUUUUCUCCAAAAUAGUUGAGAGUGGCAGUUAUGUGAGGCUAUGUGAGGAAUUCAAAUAAUUACUUGAUAAAAUGUGGGCAGCACGUAAUAAUUUUGAAUUUAUUAAAUAAAAUAAAGUGUUUCUACUUAGGCUAUGCUUAUCCUGUACAUUGUCAUUAAUUCAUAAGGUGAAUUGAAAUUCUUACCUAUGUAAGAAUUACAUAAGUCAAAAUUUUAAAUAUUAUUAAAAACAGGAUUUUACUUGUAAACAGAUUACUUUUACAGAACUACCUGUAUGGAGUAGGUUCAAUAUAAUCUAAAACUAGGGAACAAGUUAGAAGUUAAUUACUAGGAUAAAUAUUGAAUAGCCUAAAUACUGAGUAGCCUCUUGUUAGAACGAAGAAGAGAGGGAAAGUUAGCUGACUGGCUAUUUUGGUCAAGUGAAGUUUAUUGUCUUAGUGUUUAUAACAUGAAAAUGGCCUUAUUUUUGUUCUUGGCAUCAGUCAAUGAGGACUUAAAAACUUUCCUGGAAUUUCAUCAAAACCUUAUUCCUCCUUUUCUAAGAAUUCAGAAGGGGAAUACAGUAGUAACUUAUCUAUUGAUACUUUUGCCUUAUAAAACGGUCUGGGAGCUCACAAAGAUUAAGAAUUGUUUGAGGGUUCAGAUGUGGCUAAAUGAUAAAGCACAGACCUUGCCUUCUUGAGAACCUUGGUUUGAUCCCCAGCACAGCAAAAGAAAAAAAAAUGUUUUUCUUUCAGCAUUAUGCUCUGCUUUAUGUGUAAGAAACAAAAUAUUGAUACUGUAUUAAGAUACAUUGUUAGACUGUUUCAAUAGUAACCACAUAGGCAUAGCAUAACUAAUGUCUCCUGAGAAGCAUUGAAUAGCUCCCUCAUCGAUACCUAAUCUAGGAUAUUGGUCAUAAUUUUGAUUUCAAAGUCAUUCUAAUAACACUAGAGCAUAGCUUAAGCUAAUUUGAAAAGUGCAUAUAGUUUAUAAUGACUUAGAACAAAGCACAAAUUAUAAGACACUGGUAGGCUCUGUGAAAAAUUAGUAAUGACUUUUGUUUAAAUAUGUACCUAAGACAGUCAAGAAAAAAAGGAGAAUGUUGAACUAGUGACAAUAUCUUGUAGACAUGUCACCCUACUCUAUAUUUGUUUUUCUGGGUGAUUCAUAUCUUUCCUUUUGUGUCUUAGGCCAUGUUUUCUUUACACUCCUCAUUCAUUCUCAGGUCAGUAGCAAUGGUCAUUGUGAUUCAAUAAAAUCCCUCCUAAGUGUCUUGACAUUUCAAGGAAAAGUCCCGUUUUUAGGGCUUCUCAGAGGAAGGAAACAACAUCUCUCACAAUUUUUUUAUACCCUCUAACUCCUCUGUCCUUUGAGCCUUCCUAACAUAUUUUUUCUCCCUUCACAAUUAAUCUUGCCUACUUCCCUCAGGACUACCUUCUACAAAACAUGCUGAAGAUUUUAAAAAUCAAAGAAAUAAGUGAACACCUAUAUAUCCUUCCUAUAGAAGUCAAAGCAUCACUUGGUGAGCUUUUUAACUUAAACAAAAUGUACUGGUCAAAGACACAAAUGAAGUGAUAAGAAAAGACAGGGAAAAUAUGUUUCUCCCCGCCAAAAAAAAAAAAAAGGAGACCAUUUCUAAAAUAAAAUGGCCAACACCCACAGUCACUUUCCCCUCCUAAUCGGCCUGUCUCCACCUCAUUCACAUCCAACCUUGCAUCUGAUUCACCACCAGAAAGAAGUCGCCAUUCUUAGACUGAAUGGGAGUCUGACUUGAUUUGCAAAAGCCAUGCUCUCAAAAUGAAAUCUGAGGUCUCACAAUUUGUCAAUGUGUAACCAAACUUCAAUGCAAUGCUUGUUCUAUUUUUUCCUCUAAGAAUGGGAGUGUUGAUAGGUGGGGAGACCAUAAACAAAUCUGGAAGGAAUCUUACAAGAGUGAAUUUUUCUGAGAAUAAUUUAGGUGUGAGAACUCAAACAACCACCUGCUGCUCUGGUCUCAUUCUCAGACAGCCUUGAUGUGGAGUAGGACUUUGAACAUCUGAGACUGAAGAAUUAGUUUAUAAAAGGUUUUGCAGUAUGACAUGAUAAUUCUGUGGGUGGGGGAAGGCUGGUUAUAUCUACAUUCUUGAAUGAGUAAAAUAUAUAAUAAAUGGAGUUAAUUUUUGUGCUUUCCCUACUAAGCCAGAUUUUUAAACAGUAUAUAAAAAUUUUUUAGUUUGUAUUAAUUAAGGUUUUACCAACCAAAAAUCUCUAAUUUAUUCAUAAUAUUUUUGGCUGUCAAUCUUACUGUUACGUUUGUAGAUUUUUUUCAAGCAAUGGUUUCUAGAUCACCUACUUUGAAUUCUGAUUAAACUUUUCCCAACUAUUUUUUAGAAAUCUGAAUUUAUUUUUAAAAAAUGAACAUUAAAAUUAAUCUUUUCAGUACUUUUCCUGCCUAUUUCUAGCACAGCAAUUUGAAGAGGUCAAAAUUUAUCACUGCACAAUCUAACCUUAUUAAAUUUGCAAUGUCUUUCUAUAAAUUUUAAUUCUCUAGAUGUUUUUUAUUUAAUUACAUAAAUAUUUAUUUUGUUUAAAUAGAAUACAUAUGUGUAAGAUGUUUUGUUAAUAUUGCUUUAUAAAUCUUGUACUGUAAUUUAUUUUAAAUUAUGUUCAUUUCUUUUUUAACACACAAAAUGUCUGUACAAUUAACAACGGAUUUGCAAAUAAUGUCACUAAGCUUUAUUCAGUUAAUACAGAUGGCACGUGAAGAUGUAAUACGCUUUUUUUACAUUUUCAUAUGGGUUAUUUGUAAAUAUGUUGCUGACAAACAAGGAAGUCAUUUUCAUUCUAA